AUGGCAGCAUUGACUCUUCAUCACUCGUGUCUUCAAGCGUCUGGACAUCUGUCACGUCGUAGAUUCUCGAGUUUUCCACGAAAUCCAGUGAAAAAUCUCAUCUUUCGUCUAAAUCCUGCCGAGUUCUCGAGUUUUCCGUUAUCUACACGUGGCGCUUCGGUUGCUGUGAGAGCUCUGAGUACAGUCGCUGUGGAGGAUUCGCCGGAGAAGAAGAUGGUGAAAGGUAUUCGGGUCUACGAGCACGGAGGUCCUGAGGUUCUGAAAUGGGAAGAUGUGGAAGUAGGCGAGCCAAAAGAUGGAGAGAUACGAGUGAAGAACAAAGCGAUAGGGCUCAACUUCAUUGAUGUUUAUUUCAGGAAAGGUGUUUACAAGCCUGCUUCUCUGCCCUACACACCAGGCAUGGAGGCAGUUGGAGAGGUGGUAGCUGUUGGACCUGGAUUGACCGGAAGAAAAAUCGGAGACCUCGUUGCUUACGCUGGAAAUCCAAUGGGUGCUUACGCAGAGGAACAAAUCCUUCCAGCAGAUAAAGUGGUUCCUGUUCCUUCAUCUAUUGACCCCAUCGUUGCAGCAUCAAUCAUGCUCAAGGGCAUGACUGCACAGUUUCUUCUUCGCCGUUGCUUCAAGGUGGAACGUGGGCAUACAAUCCUUGUUCAUGCUGCAGCUGGUGGAGUUGGGUCUCUGUUGUGUCAAUGGGCAAAUGCACUUGGAGCCAUAGUCAUUGGAACUGUCUCGACCAAUGAGAAAGCGGCUCAAGCCAAAGAAGAUGGGUGCCACCAUGUUAUCAUGUACAAGAACGAGGAUUUUGUUUCUCGGGUCAACGAGAUUACAUUAGGCAAGGGAGUUGAUGUUGUUUAUGACUCAGUUGGAAAAGACACCUUCAAGGGAUCAUUGGCAUGUUUGAAGAAGCGGGGAUACAUGGUGAGCUUUGGACAAUCCUCAGGAACGCCAGAUCCGGUUGCAUUGUCUGAUCUUUCUCCAAAGUCGCUCUUCUUGACAAGACCUUCCAUGAUGCAUUACAAUGAAACUCGAGACGAGCUGUUGGAGUGUGCAGGGGAGGUUUUCGCCAAUGUUGCUUCAGGGGUCAUAAAGGCUCGUGUGAACCACAAGUACCCGUUGUCUCGUGUCGCUGAUGCUCAUGCAGAUCUUGAGAAUAGGAUCACCUCUGGCUCCGUUGUGCUCUUGCCGUGA